ACCUUGAAUGGACUCCAGUGUGGUAAGCACCAUAGCUUACACUGUACAUGUUCACUGCUGUACUAGUGGUUGUUUUAUUGGGACAGAUCCAGAUAUUAGACACUAUCUAUUUAUUGUUUAAAGAACUGUAAAAGCAUCUGUGUCAAAAGUAAGGCUCUAGAAGACACACCUAACUUUCUUAUGUUUCUGAAAAGAUACUUAGGUUUGGAAAUUGAAAUAUUCCUUACAAGUCAGCUACAGCUGCAAGUUUUAAAAUGAUCAGUUUUGCACACUGCAGAGAACUUCACAAUACCAAUACAAUACCAAACAACCAUAGCUUAAGCACAUUCUACAGAAAAGACAUCUAGUGGGGUAUAACUGACAGAAUUAUUUUUAUUAUGUGGCUGUGUCCAUAAUAUUAUAAAAAGGAGAUUUGAAAAAAAGGAAGUUACAUGUACAUUAUUGUAUGAUCUGAUCUGAUUCUCACAAAGAAAAUGAACAAAUAUAUAUGGCAAAGUAUGAAUGUUUGCCUUGUUCAUUUUUAAAUUUGACUUCAUCUUACGCCAGAAAAGUGUCGGGAAAAAAGAACUUGUCUAUUAUCCCACCCUCUUGCUUGUUUCAUGCUUUUUCAGUGGAUACCUAUUGCGCCUAAGUGACUUAUUUCAUUUUUAUUGCACUAGAUAAUGUACUGUACAUGUACAUGUAACUGAAAGUAAAAAAAACAAACAAACAAGCAAAGCGUAGUUGUUAAAAAUAGGUAAGCAAACGCGGCUGAAAUAGUUAAGUGCAAACUGGUGUGAGUAGCUGUUAAUUUGUGUUUUGUUGUUGAUUCAUUAACAGACCUGAGCACAGAUGAAUCUGAGUUUUCUGACAGUGAUCAUGAUUACACAGAACCACCAACUGAAGAAAAAGAUGAAGAGGAUGGUGAUGACCACAAUGAUGGUAAUUCACAGUAACAUCCUUCCUAGAAAUUAUCAUUCAAUUAACCCUUCAAGUCCCAAUAUCCAAAUACAAAUUCUCCCAACUGGUCUCCAAACAUUUCCUUAAAGAAUGAGUUAAGAGAAUUUGAUAAAAGAUCAAGGUGUUUUCUCUUUAUUGAUCAUAUUAUUAAUUCUCAUAACCUAAUCUCUUAACAAUGUAUGGAUAUUGUUAGGAGAAUAUUGAUGUUGGUCACCAUUGGGACUUAAAGAGUUAAGGAUUAAACAGUGCAUAAACAACACAGCAGUAUCUCUGUUACAUAGUCAACUAUCUGUAAGACAAACAUAGGCAGUCUUAGUAGUGUUUAUCUCUUGCACAUGUAGGUCAUAGGAGUAUGUUAUAUGAAACCUGUACGUGACACAAAUAGUGAGCCUGGGUUACCUGUGAUCGUAGAAGAAAGUUGACUGUUUACUGUUCAGUAUUGUCGAAACUGACCUCUACUCCUGAUGAGCACUGAUAAGCCUUUUCAACCAGGUGAUGCUGUUUGUGUGCGUUAUUAAGACAUUUAUUUUUUGUUAUUUUUCAGCAUCAUCAGAACAUUCCUUCUCGUCGGAUUCCUCUCAUGAUUACUGUGUUCCUCCAGAGAGCAUCUCUCCUCCUGAACCUCCAAACAAUUAUGGGGAUGUUUAUGAUGAGGUGGCUGAUCUUUAUGCAGAG